CAAUGUAAAGAAAUAGCAGGCAGCUUACUUGUAAUCGCCUACAUCUGUUGUGUUUGCGGCGCUGCAGAAGCUUUUGGAGCGUUAUUCUUAUGAAUUACACAGAAAGCAGGAGGCGUCUCUUUACAUUUAGUUGUAUAAUCUGUGUUGAGAGGACGAUGCCUUUGAGGACCGGACUUUUUCUCCUGAUGGUGCUGAACGCAUCUGCAUAUGAACUGGAUCAAAACGAGUCUUAUUCGCCCAGGAGAGCACGCUUUUCUGCCAAUAGCCCUUCAGAUGUGGCACGCUGUCUCAACAGUGCCCUCCAAGUUGGCUGCGGAGCCUUCGCCUGCCUGGAAAACUCAACUUGUGACACAGAUGGCAUGCAUGACAUCUGCAAGUCCUUCCUAUACAGUGCUGCUAAAUUUGACACUCAGGGUAAAGCAUUUGUGAAGGAGAGCCUUAAGUGCAUUGCCAAUGGCAUCACCUCGAAGGCAUUCCCCACUAUCCGCCGCUGCUCCACCUUCCAAAGAAUGAUAUCUGAAGUCCAAGAGGAGUGUUACAGCAAGCUGGAUAUCUGCACUGUCGCCCGAUCGAAUCCAGAUGCUAUUGGUGAAGUGGCACAGCUACCAAGUCACUUCCCCAAUAGGUUUUAUGGUAAGCUGCUACAGAGCCUGAUGGACUGCGAUGAGGACACGGUGGACCGCGUUAGGACCAGCAUGGUGUCGCGGCUGGGCCCAGAGAUGACCAUGCUUAUUCAGCUGCUGCAGAACAAGCCCUGCCCAUCCACUGCUGUGGCUGCAGCUGCCGCCAUCCCAACUGGAGUGGAGGGCCGUGGGAGCUGGCGCUGGUCCAUGGGUCCCCAUAUGUACAAGAUCCAGCCUAAUCUGCGAAACAGAGACUCUGCCAGUCAUUUUGGCAAAAAGCGCUCUGCCAGUGACAGCUCCUAACUUCCACUCAGAUUCAGAAACUCCACACACUCCUCAAAAUAUCAUGAAAGCUCCUCUAUUCCCUAGGGGUGAUAAAAUACAUUCCUCCGCUAGACUGGAAGUUGCAGAAAUAUGCACCUCUAGGGAAUGCCGGAAAGCCCAUAGAGUCGAUAUCAGAGUUUGAUUGUUGUUAUAUUGUAUAUCCUACACUUUAGGCUUGAGAGAACCCCCCUCCCAUCGACUGUUUUCAAACGUGUCCGCUCACAGUUAGUGUUGAACAUGUGGCUCGUUGCAUCUGUGCAACAUGGUCCUGCUCACUCCUCUUCACCUCCUCCAGCAGAGCUGAAUCCUUAAGAUGUCUUUUGAUGCCAAGCAAAAAAACAAAAAGAAACAAACAAACAAACAAACAAAAAAAGAACAGCCAUAGUGGUUCACGCCUCUAGAGCACAAAUCCCUCUUUUAAAAGACAGCAUUCACAUAAUCCAGACAUUUGUUCAUGAAUAGAAAUCAGGAGUUGGAUUAUUAUUAGUUCAUUGAAAGGAAUGGGAAAUUAUUGAUAGAUGUAUUUAGACCAGUCAAAUUGUGAGCAUGUGGAAAUGAGUGACACAUCUAUUUUCUGACACUAACACAACAGUUAAAUGUACUGUACACUAAGUUAUCUGAGACAGCCAUAGCUAGCCCUCUAAAGGAGAGCGCUCAUACGGAGUGAGGUCUGCAGAGGUUUCAUAACCUUUGAGAGGUUACCUUAAACUGACCAAAAAAACUACAAACUGCCCUGAAUGCUAUUCAUGAAAUACCAAAAUAGUGUAUAGCUAUAGCACUUACAAUUGUUUUUUGUUUUUUUCUUCUGAUGGCAGAUGUAGCCACGGUCACGUGUGUCAAAUCACCAUCCUGCACGUAAGGAUCGUCCAGGUCACGGCCAAGUCUAGCUACCAGAAAAAGUCCAUUUUGCAUAUCUUGUAUCCAGACACUUGUAAUGCACAUGACUGUUGAGCUCUGCAGUGUAUGUGGGACCAUGUUUAGUGGAAUCUGUAUCCAUGUUCUUAAGUGAGCGUGAAGCAGUCGUGUAUGUGCAGUAGCUGAUUAGCGCGUUCACCGAUGAGACUGAGAGCAGCCAUCUUCUUGGACUGAUGAUCAUCAUUCUCUGAGGUGAAUAACGUGACAUACACACUGGCUUCCAGUGUCGAGAUUGAGAGUGAC